AUGAGCCUCACUAAUUUCAAAUAUCAGCUACAAGGGCGCAACGAUCAUCAGCAGCUGCUGCUGGACAUCAAACACGUUCCCUGUCGUUUUCCCUUACACCCCUUCAGCUCUCAGCCUGGAGACCUUGCACAUACCAGCCAGUCUGAACCUGGACUUCAUAACCAGGCUCAUGACGCUGGUCACUUCAGUGCAGAGAUUGCUGCUGUGGAGGCGAAAACGAAGAAAGGGAAACAGCUCAUGACCGAAGAUGAUCAUCCCAGACCUCAAACCACACUUGAGCAGUUGGCCAAACUGCAGCCAGUCUUCAAGAAGGGUGGAACUGUCACUGCAGCAAAUGCUCCAGGGGUGUCUGAUGGAGCUGCUGCUGUUGUGAUUGCCAGUGAAGAUGUAGUGAAACAGCAUAAGCUUACCCCAUUGGCUAGAAUUGUAGUUUACCAUGUGUCUGGGUGUGAUCCCAGCACCAUGGGAUCAGGACCUGUACCAGCAAUCAGCGGAGCUCUGAAGAAAGCUGGACUUACUCGUAAGGAUAUGGAUUUGGUAGAGGUAAACGAGGCAUUUGCCCCCCAGUACCUGUCUGCAGAGAAAGCCCUGGGACUGGAUCCGGAGAAUACCAAUGUGAACGGAGGUGCCAUUGCUUUGGGCCACCCUCUGGUAGCCUCUGGCUCAAGAAUAACUGCACACCUUGUUCACAAGCUCAGGCGACGUGGUGGUACAUAUGCUGUUGGAUCAGCCUGUACUGGUGGCGGGCAGGGCAUUGCCAUUAUCUUUGAGAACACCCAUUGAGCAAAGACAUGAAAAGGGU